AUGUCUUUGGAAGAAGUUUACACGCCAUUUCUGUCCUCGCGUGUCGCAGCACGUAAGUUGAUGUCUUUUUGGGACAAAACUACACCUGCCAGUGUCAAACCACACCCACAACCAAUUGAUUUGGGCGCAGGAAUGCCCAACGAGGGACUGUUCCCCAUCGAAUCUGUGCAUUUGAAUGUGGUGGACCAUCCGUUCCAGCACACCGAAUACAAGUUCCGGUCCUCCAGAUUGCACCGUGACGCCAGCUCUGGAGCUGCCAGCAGCGACACGGUGGUCGCCGCUGAUGGGUCUCCCCGUAACGAAAGGGAGCUGGUUUCACAAAAGUUCCAAAACGGGUCCAUUGUCGACAUGUGGCGGUACGAGCCCGAAAAUCCAGGUGCCAUCCCAAUCUACACCGGGUUCCAAUACAGUAACACCCGGGGUCUCGACCCAAUGCUCGAUUUUUGCUACAAAUUCGUCGAGUACGCCAACCCACCAAGCUACAAGGACUGGGACAUCACUUUCGCCAAUGGCUCUUCAGACUCGCUUUUCAAAGUGUUCGAAACACUCGCAGACGCCAGCGUCACUGUGCUAGUGGAAGAAUUCUCGUUUUCCCCCACGAUCAGCAAUAUCACCGCCACAGGUGCUGUUCCAAUCCCAAUUAAAGUCAGUGUCACUGGAGACCCGGAAGAACAAGGUAUUGACGUGGAAUUCUUGUCCAAUUUGCUGGAAAAUUGGUCCGAAUCCCAAUACUCGCAUCUCUCGAAACCUCGCUUGUUGUACACAAUCCCCACAGGUCAAAAUCCAACCGGUAUGACCUUGUCUUUGGAAAAACGGAAACAGAUCUACGCUUUGGCCGAGACCCACAAUUUCCUUAUUGUCGAGGACGACCCCUACGGCUAUUUGAGAUUCCCAACUUACGACCCCGAAAAUCCUUCGUACAACCCAUACCAAGCUGGCGAGUAUACCGUGGACCAAUAUCGCAAGGAAGUGCUCUCUACAUCUUUUCUUUCUCUCGACACCUCGGGUCGUGUAAUUCGGUGUGAGACUUUCUCCAAGGUCUUUUUCCCCGGUUUGAGAUUCAGUUUCAUUGUCGGCAAUAAGUUUUUGAUCUCUAAAAUCUUGGACUUUGGAGAUGUGUCAACCAGAGCUGCCAGUGGUGUUUCUCAGAUGAUGGUCAACAAUGUUAUUCAAAAAUGGGCACCAAACUUCACUUCCCCACAAGAAGCGUGGCUGUCGUGGGUUAUGAAAGUUGCCAGCCAGUACACUCACCGCAGAAACAUACUUUAUGAAGCGCUUCAGGCCACCGAUGCAUUCAAAGACGGCCUUUUCACGAUGGUUCCCGUGACAGCAGGUAUGUUCGCAGCGCUCCAAAUCCGAUUUGAAAAGUUCCCAAAUAUUAAAGACCAUGCCCAGGCAAUGCAACAGCUCUUCUAUAUUCUUAUAGAAGAAGGUGUCAAAGUCGUGUUGGGUGUGAACAUGGCUGUCUGUAAGAAGUUUUCCUCCGAGAGAUCACAUUUUAUGAGAGUCACAUACGCGCAUGCAGCGAGCGAUGAAGAAAUGCAAGAAGCCGCCAAAAGAUUGAGUAAAGGUAUUUUGAGACUGCUUGCCACGUCCUCUGCCGCCUAA